GGUAGUCUCGCUGUUCAUUUUGUCAAAACCGGCAGAGUCUUUGACUGGCUUUCGCUUGAAUGUCUUCAUCUCAAGACGCCCAUCGCCCAGCUCUUUAUCCCAUCAUUCUCCCUCACAACGCCUGUCGUUCUCAUAGCAGAUCUGCAUGAGAUCAAGGACAUUGUCACACGAAGAAAUCAUGAGUUCGACAGAGCGAGUCUCAUGCACGACAUAUUUGGUCUAUUGGCGCCCAAUGCAACUAUUGGAAUGAAAACUGGUUCAGCCUUCAAGCAACAACGACGACUAUGGAAUUGCAUUCUUGCACCUACGUUUAUUGAUACUGUAGUUGCCUCAAGUCUUUAUGGUUCUACUCAAAGAUUAAUUCAAAUAUGGCAAACAAGGGCAAAGCGCGCUCCCGGGCUGGCCUUUGAGGUUGACCUAGACCUCCGACAAACCACGCUCGAAGGCAUGUGGGAGAUGAUAACAGGGACGGGACUUGGACUACUUGCUGCUGUAGAAGACCAUGCGCUGGAAGCAAGGAUUUUGAUCGUUCGUAAGCUUUCCAAGGUCGAGUUCAAGGGACGAGUUCGGUAUCCACCUAUAUAUACUGCUCUCAGCACUAUGCUGACGUGUGUUGAUUGGAUUAUCACCGGGUUCAGUUUGAGGUUUUACACCUGGGUCUUCAAAAGUUUGCCCAUUCUCCCACCGGCUGAGAAGAUUGUUGAUCGUGCGCUUCAGCAGGUUUUAGAUGGCAUUCGAGGACGGCAGGACAAUGGGGUCGUCUCUGUGAACCGGUCUGCGCUAUAUGAGGUUAUUCUGAGAGACUCUGCGCUGCAUGGUAAAAGUGGCAUGGCUGGCUCAGAUGCGGCACUCAAGAGCGAGAUGGUGGAGCUCCUGAUUACGGGUCAUGAGACAUCAGCAUCGUCAGUCGGAUGGGCCUUGAAGUACCUGUCCGACCACCCGCAUACUCAGAAUCGGCUGCGUCGAAGCCUCUUCGCGGCUUUUCCCGAUGCAAGAGGUUGUGGUAAUACACCGUCGAGCGCCGACAUCAUCGCGGCGGACUUGCCUUACCUGGAUGCAGUCAUUGCCGAGACUCUUCAGGUCGCUUGCAUCGGGCCGGUAUCUUUCAGACAAGCACAGCAGGAAUGCGAUGUCCUUGGGCACAGGAUCCCUAUGGGGACGACUGUAAUCUUGCUCACAGCUGGUCCUUCUUAUGAGGUUGUCGCAACGGAGCGUCCUUAUGUACCACUAGAUGUGCGCUCUAAAACAAGUCAGGAAACAGCACAACGAAGCGGCAUACCUCAAUGGAACAAUUCUCAUUCAGUCAGUGUGUUCGAACCCGAAAGAUGGUUGGACGUAAACGGCAAUUUCAGCCCAGAUGCAGGUCCCUCCCUACCCUUCUCAGCGGGUCCUCGGGGUUGCUUUGGCAAGAGAAUAGCGCUGCUCGAGCUGCGCUUCAUGAUAUCGCUGAUCAUAUGGAACUUCGAGUUGCCUCGUUUGGCAGCUGAGUUGAGUCAGUAUACAGCCCGAGACUCGCUGACAAGGAAAUCGACUUGUUGUUAUAUAGCUCCUCGACCACUCAGUGGAAACGAGAAAGAAUGAGUUAAACACAUUGGAGAGACCACUUCGUAAUUCAAGAGAAUAGGUUAUUGUCAUCGUCG